CCAGCUAUGGUCUCCGCUCCUAUUGAAGAUUUAAUAAAGAACACUUAGAAUUCUCAAAUUUCAAAAAAUUCAAAAUCUUGAACCCUAAUUCCCUUAUUCCUUCCCCAAACGUAAUAAUACCCAGGUAAGGGCUCUUUCCUUUUCCUUUUCCUUUCCUUUUCCGAUUUGUUCCCUUAUUGAACAUGAAAGAUGGUGGCUUGGAGAAUAAAAAGGAACUAGAAAAUUCAAAAAAACAAUCGAAUUCUUCCAAAUUUCGUAGCAAAAGUGAUGAUUUCGCCCUUUCAAUUGCCAAGGUUGCCGUUGCACAAGUGUGCGAAAGCAUAGGUUUUCAGAGUUUCCAACACUCUGCUUUAGAAACAUUGUCCGACGUUGCUGCUCGAUACAUUUAUACCCUAGGAAAAACUGCGAAUUUUAAUGCUAAUUUGGCAGGGAGACUGGAAUCGAAUGUCUUCGAUGUCAUCCAAGGGUUGGAAGAGUUAGAAUCGGGUUUAGGGUUUGCCGGUGCAUCCGAUGUUAAUCGAUGUCUUGCUAAUUCGGGGGUUGUUAGGGAUAUCGUUCACUUUGUUGGUGAUGCGGUGGAUGUCCCGUUCGCUUAUGAUAUUCCACGGUUUCCGGUUGUUAAAGAUCGGAAGGGAAUGGGGAGUUUUUGGGAAAAAGGAGAAGAGCCUCAUGGGGAGCAUAUACCUAGUUGGUUGCCGGCCUUUCCUGAUCCCGAGACUUAUGCUACUCAAUCGACUGUAGGGAAUGGAACGAUGAGUGGCUCCAAUGGAGUGAAGACUGGGUUAGUGAGGGUUGAAUGGAAGGUAGAGAGGCCGUUGUUGAACUUUCAGCAGCAGUUUGCUCGUAAUGGGAAUGUAGGAGAUUCUUCAUGUGGUGGUGGAGAUUCUACUAAAGCGAAGGAGGCUUCUAAUAGCAAUCCUUAUCUUGCUGCACCUCUGCAUUUUGGGGAAAAAGAAGUGGAUGUAUCACCUGUUGUUCUUCCAACUAAGCUUUCAAAUGAAGUGGCUUCGAGAGAUCCGAUUCCAGAAAAUCGUUUCUUGGGAAAUCAAGUCUCAGUGCUAGAGACAUUUGCUACUGCUAUUGAAGCAAUGAAGAGUGGGAUAUGUGAAUAUGACGGCAGCAGACAGAAAAAUGUUCUUUAUAACCAGAGGCCCACGGUUCAUUUUAAGAUUGGAAUAGGGAAGAAGUCCUUAAACAGUGCACCAUAUUUCAUUUCCAAGAACAAGGAUCUCCAGAAGAUUGCAUACUGGUUUGAAAAUGGCAACGAGAAAGAUGACAGGAAAAGAAGAGCAGAGAUUUUUUCGAAAGAAUCUAUGGAAUGUUCUCACGAAUCAGUAAAGAACGAAUGAAGUGACUGGUUGGUCGGUUAUUAAAGUGAUAAUGCCGAGUCCAUCGAUAACUUUACUACAAAGUUUUGUCCUUCAAAGAUUCAAAAGAUUUGCCCACCAUAUCGUCAGCAGAACAGAUCAAUGCUCUCUAUGCAAGAAAGUAGUGAAGAUGAAUCAAAGAAGAAGAUAUAAUAGCGGGUGCUUUUCAAGCCAAGAACAAAGAAUAGUGGUUGCAUACAUCACAUGGUUGAAUCCAAUAUUGAUCCUUACUCUUCUACAUUAUUGGAGACCUAGUCUCUAUAAUGGUGAUUACUGGAUCAGACUGGGUGGGUGAUGUAUUAUGUUGUAGCAGAGUACGAGGACAAGGAUUUUUGUUUAGGCUUUAAAUGUUAGAAUAUUAUGUUAAAAUUAGCUAAAUGAUUGCUGUUGGGUUUGUAAUGGUCAGCAACCAAUGCAUGGAGUACAAGUGAAAAAUAUCUUAAGUUUCUCAAACAUAAUUAUCUGCUCUUAUCUCGUUUCUCCUCUUUCUCUCUUAAUUCCAUCGUCGUCAUCGUCUUUUAUUUAAUGUUUGUGAUGAUAUACGAGAAUGGGAGAAACAAGGGACAAGGAGGAAGUAGAAGUGGAACCCCCUCACUCUAUCACUACUGAUGACUGGAAGCUGGAUGACGAAUGGGAUGAUUUAGAACACAUGUUCAUCAUUGAGGCUGCUCUAAGAGAGUGCUUCUACCAACUCUAGUCGAGAGUAAGGCACCAUGCUGUAUAGCUUGAAGCCAAAAAGGAGGUUAAAUCUAGAGAAGAUUA